AUGGCUGCUAUUAGAGAGUACACGACUGCUUCGGAAGUUGCCAAGAGGAUGCCUCGACUGGAUGGUUUGUCAGUCCAGGAACUGAUGGACUCCAAGACCAGAGGUGGGUUGACUUAUAACGAUUUUUUGGUCUUGCCAGGCUUGGUCGACUUCCCGUCCUCUGAGGUUAGCCUGGAGACUAAGUUGACCAGGAAUAUCAAUUUGAAGACCCCUUUCGUUUCCUCUCCAAUGGACACUGUUACCGAAUCAGAGAUGGCCAUCUUCAUGGCUCUGUCGGGUGGUAUUGGUUUCAUUCACCAUAACUGCGCUCCCGAGGAGCAAGCUGCCAUGGUCAGAAGAGUCAAGAACUAUGAAAAUGGGUUUAUUGACAACCCUGUAGUGAUUUCUCCAACGACCACGGUUGGUGAAGCUAAGAGCAUGAAGGAGAAGUAUGGGUUUGCAGGCUUCCCUGUGACGGAAGAUGGCAAGAGAAAUGCGAAGUUGGUGGGUGUCAUCACUUCUCGUGAUAUACAAUUCGUUGAGGACGACUCUUUACUCGUUCAGGAUGUCAUGACCAAGAACCCUGUUACCGGUUUACAGGGUAUUACCUUGUCUGAGGGUAAUGAAGUUUUAAAGAAAACCAAAAAGGGUAAGCUGUUGAUUGUUGACGACAGGGGUCAUUUGGUGUCCAUGCUUUCCAGGACUGACUUGAAGAAGAACGAAAACUUCCCGUUAGCUUCCAAGUCUGGCAGCAGCAAGCAAUUGCUAUGCGGUGCUUCUGUAGGCACUAUGGACUCUGAUAGGGAGAGACUAGGCCUGUUGGUGGAAGCUGGCUUGGACGUGGUUAUCUUAGAUUCAUCGCAAGGCAACUCGAUUUUCCAGUUGAACAUGCUCGAAUGGGUGAAAGAGAGUUUCCCAGGGUUGGAAGUCAUCGCUGGUAACGUUGUCACCAGGGAACAAGCUGCCAAUUUGGUUGCUGCCGGUGCGGAUGGUCUGAGAAUCGGUAUGGGAACUGGCUCUAUUUGUAUCACUCAAGAAGUUAUGGCUUGUGGUAGGCCACAAGGUACAGCCGUCUACAACGUGUGUGAAUUUGCCAACCAGUUCGGUGUUCCAUGUAUGGCUGACGGUGGUGUUCAAAACAUCGGCCAUAUCAUGAAGGCCUUGGCGCUUGGGUCGUCUACUGUUAUGAUGGGUGGUAUGUUGGCGGGUGCUACCGAAUCGCCCGGUGAUUAUUUCUAUCAAGAUGGUGAACGAUUAAAGGUGUAUCGUGGGAUGGGUUCCAUUGAUGCGAUGCAAAAGACCGGUAGCAAGGGCAAUGCCUCGACCUCUCGUUACUUUUCUGAAAGCGACAGCGUUUUGGUUGCGCAAGGUGUGGCGGGUGCAGUGGUUGACAAAGGAUCCAUUAAGAAGUUUAUUCCGUAUUUGUACAACGGGCUGCAACAUUCGUGUCAGGACAUUGGUUGCAAGACGCUAACUCUAUUGAAGGAGAAUGUGCAAAGAGGCAAAGUCAGAUUUGAAUUCAGAACGGCAUCUGCUCAAGUGGAAGGUGGUGUGAAUAACUUAUACUCUUAUGAAAAACGUCUACAUAACUAA